AUGGCUUUCUGCUCGCCCUGCAACAGAGUGUUUAAGAAUGACGCCGCGCUGUCGAUGCAUCUACGAGACAGCAAAGCGCACGACUCGGGCCCAGACCCAGCGACGACAACAGAAGAAGAAGAAGAUGCCUGGAAGUGCACGCGUUGCGAGACGGAAUUUGAUUCGCAAGAGGGGUUGAUGAUGCAUGCGCUUUCGUCUGAGAAGCAUUUCGCGUGCAUGACGUGUCUGGAGGAUGGGCAGUGGGAGGACUUUUUGACGAAGAGGGCUUUGAAGAGCCAUAUGUGGGGGAAGCACAAGCACGGUUCAGCACAAGGAGGCGAGCAGGCGAAGAAGAAGGAUACCAAGGGGAAGGGCAAAGGGAAAGUAGAAGUGCGAGAGACGCCGCUAGAUGGAUUCUUCACUUCGUUUACGGGAUUCAUGUACGAUCCUCAUCUGUCGCCAGAGGCCUCGUGGAAGAAAUUGAGGAGGUUCCAGGGCUGGAAGGGUCUUUCGCCUGAUGGGAGGAGGAGCGAUGAGGAGAAUGAUGCGUGGGGGAGGUAUCAGGGGGCGCUUGUGAGGGAGGUUGAGAUGUGGUUUGGGGAUGAGAAGGAUUUGACUGCUUGGAGGACGCUUUGUAAGGCGGUGGGGGAGGUUGAUCCGCCGGAUGAGAUUCGAGAGUGCAAAAAGAUUCUUCGGACCACGCAUGUCAACAUCGUCGAUUUGAUAGACUGGGGCAGGAAAGGCGGAGAUGAGAAUGAGGGGAGGAAGGUCAGGGUGUUCAAGUCUGUGGAGGAGCUGGCGGAUUACAGCGUGAGGAGCAGAAAGAUCUUCAGAAAGGAGCAGUUGAAGGAGUAUAGGGGAGGGAAUGUGGUGCUGAAGCACUUGUUGAGGGUGUUUUUCACAAAGGGGCGGCAACUGGUGUACAUGCGGUGA